CGGACUAUAAGACUUGGACCGGUACUACUUGAUGAUAGUAUAAAUAAGGCAAGAGGUUACCUUAACCGUGGAUCAAAGCUGCAUAACCACUACUGUGGACAAAGAGAGUUCAAGCUUGUGUCUCUCUAGUUGUCAAAUCCUAUCAUCAAUGGCAGAAGCAACCAAGAGCUAUGCAGUGGUUACAGGAGCAAACAAGGGUAUUGGGUUCGAGAUUUGUAGGCAGUUGGCUUCUAAAGGGAUUGUGGUGGUCUUGACUUCCAGAAAUGAGAAGAGAGGCCUUGAAUCUGUUCAAAAUCUCAAGGAGUCUGGGCUUUCAGAUUUUGUGGUUUUUCAUCAACUUGAUGUCGCCGAUAUCAACAGUAUCGCUUCUUUGGCAGAUUUCAUCAAAAGCCGAUUUGGAAAGCUUGAUAUCUUGGGAAAUAGCAAGGUGAACAACGCAGGAGUAGGUGGAGUCAAAACAGAUGUUGAUGCUUUAAAUGCUUUCAUUUCUGGUAACGAAGGUGCAAAAAUCAAUUGGAGUGAAUUUAUCACUGAAACUUGGGAGCUAGUCGAAGAGUGCCUGAGAAUAAACUAUUAUGGUGCAAAGAGAAUGGCCGAAGCACUUAUUCCCUUACUCCAAUUGUCUGAUUCACCAAUAAUUGUUAAUGUUUCCUCUUCCAUGGGAAAGUUGAAGGGUGUAUCAAAUGAAUGGGCUAAAGGAGUGCUAAGUGAUGCUGAAAACCUUACAGAAGAGAGAGUGGAUGAGGUUUUGAGCAAGUAUUUAGAAGAUUUCAAAGAGGGUUCUUUGGAAACGGAAGGCUGGCCUGCUAUGAUGUCUGCAUAUAUACUCUCGAAAGCAGCUAUGAGUGCCUCCACACGGAUCCUGGCCAAGAAGUACCCAACUUUCUGUAUCAACUGUGUCUGCCCUGGUUAUGUUAAAACAGAUAUAAACUUCAAUACAGGCAUACGUCCUGUUGAAGAAGGUGCUGAAAAUGUUGUUCGGCUAGCUCUGCUGCCUAAUGGUGCUCCUUCUGGGUGUUUCUUUGAUAGGAUGGAGGAGUCGCCUUUCUGAUCGGAUGCUAUCCAUCUCUACAGAAACAAAUUAAACCUACACCCUCUUGCUUACUUUGUCAGCAAUAAUAUCUAGGAAUAAACGUGUAUCUAAGAAUACAUGUGUAUCUGGGACUUGAACAAGCCAGUUUGUAGCUAUCCUCCAGAAUUCGGUCAAUAGUAAGUGUGACUCUUUUCCAAUGUUCCUGCAUGCAGCGCAUGUCUGAUUGGUUUUGCUUGCUGA